ACAGAACAUCAACAACUCACAUGUGGCCUAACGCGCCUCCCGUUGCUGUGCUGUGUUAGCAACAGCCGGGUUAAUGUGGCGCUGACUUCCCCAGCCCGAAAGAAACACCUCAUUUAAAAAAAACACACAUCACUCAGCUUCUUUUUAACACAGCUACACUUUGAGAACAACAUGCCUCCGAAGAAACCCGCCCAGCCUGCGGGGAAUAAAAAAACUCAAGAGAAGAAAAAGGAAAAGAUUAUUGAGGACAAGACAUUUGGCUUGAAGAACAAGAAAGGGGCCAAGCAGCAGAAGUUCAUCAAGAACGUCACCCAGCAAGUCAAAUAUGGACAACAAAGCGCCCGACAGGUGGAUGGAGAUAAGACCACUAAGAAGACCGAUAAGAAGAAAGAGUUGGACGAGCUGAACGAGCUGUUUAAACCUGUAGUCGCUGCCCAGAAAGUCAGCAAAGGUGUCGACCCAAAGUCAGUGCUGUGCGCGUUCUUUAAGCAGGGUCAGUGUACCAAAGGGGACAAGUGCAAGUUCAGCCAUGACUUGUCGAUGGAGAGGAAAUGUGAGAAGAGAAGCGUCUACGUGGACGAACGAGAUGAAGACCUGGAGAAAGACACCAUGGAUAACUGGGACGAGAAGAAGCUGGAGGAGGUGGUCAACAAAAAACACGGAGAGGCGGAGAAGAAGAAGGCCAAGACACAAAUCGUGUGUAAGUACUUCCUGGACGCCAUCGAGAAUAAUAAGUACGGCUGGUUCUGGGUGUGUCCAGGGGGGGGCGCAGACUGCAUGUACCGGCACGCCCUCCCGCCUGGCUUCGUCCUGAAAAAAGACAAGAAGAAGGAGGAGAAAGAGGAGGAGAUCUCGCUGGAGGAGCUGAUAGAAAACGAGCGUGCCGCUCUGGGUGUCGAAGUGACUCGCAUCACCCUGGAGACUUUCCUGGCUUGGAAGAAGAGGAAAAGGCAGGAGAAGGUGGACAAAGCGAGGGAGGAGAUGGAGAAGAAGAAGGCGGACUUCAAGGCCGGAAAGUCGCUAGUGGUGAGCGGACGUGAGGUGUUCGAGUUCCGUCCGGAGCUGGUCGACGACGACGACGACGAAGCCGACGACACUCAAUAUGUAAGCGACGACGAGGAGGAAAGCAACAUGACAGAGAUCAGUGCAACAGAGGUCCAGGACAUAGACCUAUCCCGCUUUGUUCCACAAGAGGUCGACAACACAGGCAUCACCGUAGCAUCCACGGACCGUUUCACCUCCAGGAAACAGGCUCAGUCGACGAAAGCAGACGGUGAGGAGCAGCUGAACGGAGCUUGUGGUGGCGCUGAGGCUAACGGGCUUUCGGGAGCAGAGGACGGAGGAGGGGAGGACGACGAAGAAGAAGAAGAAGAGGAGGAGGAGGUACCGGUGGACGAGAACCUGUUCACGGGAGAAGACCUGGAGGAGCUCGACGAGGAACUCAACACACUGGCGCUGGAGGACUGAGAGGGAGCCCCUGAGAGGGGGGGGAAGCGUGAGGUGGAAGUUAGGACGGACUAAGUGACAAAAGGGAUGGACUGAUGGAUGCAUGGAGCUAAACAACAGAGACCAGAUGUUUGAAUGAUUUUAAAAACUCAGAGACUCCAGUAAUAAAGCCUGAUUAUAUCAUCACAUCA